GCAUGUUUUUAUAAGGUUGAAAAAAGAUAUUUUCUAUCUACUUACAGAAAUUAUAAAUGUGUUAAUUUUUGCACAUUUUUCUUUGUAGGCCCAGAUUAUUCUUCAUCAGCAUGGUUACCUGGUAGUGAAUCAUUGUGGCAGGCCACAACCGUUCCAUCCAACCAUCGAAAUAACCACAUCAGGAGACAUAGUAUAGCUUCUGACAGUGGUGACACUGGCAUUGGAACUUCCUGUUCUGACAGCGUGGAAGAUCACUCAACUUCAAGUGGCACAUUAACUUUUAAGCCUAGUCGAUCGUCGGUUGCUCUUCCUACUGCCCAUGUCAUGCCGUCUCACUCCAGCGCUUCCGUUUCCAAACACAGGGAAUCAUUGACGUCAGACGGCGCAAAAUGGAGUACAAGCCUCCUGCAGACAUUGGGAAACCACAGUAGGGGGGAGCAGGACUCCUCACUAGACAUGAAGGACUUCCGGCCCCUCCGGAAAUGGUCAUCGUUAUCCAAACUCACUGCCCCGGACAGCUGCAGUCCGGGUGGCAUAGCGCACACUGAAGAGUCAAGGAGUGGUCUGGAAAAGACUGGGAGAGGCAAGACUUUAACAUCACACCUGAGGACGAUUGGGCCUAGCUGCUUACAUGAUAGUAUGGAGAUGCUUAAGCUAGAGGACAAGGAGAUAAAUAGAAAACGGUCAUCAACUCUGGACUGCAAGUAUAAAUUUGAGAGCUGUAGCAAAGAGGAUUUGAGAGCCUCUUCUUCCACUCUUAGGAGACAGGCCUUAGACAUGACAUACAGUGCCUUACCUGAAAGCAAGCCCAGUAUGACAAGCUCAGAGGCUUUUGAACCUCCCAAAUAUUUAAUGCUUGGUCAACAGGCAGUAGGUGGAGUCCCCAUUCAGCCUUCUGUGAGGACACAGAUGUGGCUUACAGAGCAGUUGCGGACAAAUCCUUUGGAAGGUAGAACUAUGGAAGACUCUUACAGUUUAUCUCCUUGGCAGCAGCAGCAUAUUGAGGAGUUUCCACAAGAAAGUGAAACACCCAUGCAGGUUUUGGCUGGAUCAUCUCGUCAAAGUUACUCACCUUCUGGCUAUCGGGAUUUCACAAAGUGGGAAUCGGUGCUGAAAAUAAAAGAAGGAUUACUAAGGCAAAAAGAAAUUGUAAUUGAUCGGCAGAAGCAACAAAUUACCCACCUGCAUGAGCAGAUAAGGGAUAAUGAAUUACGGGCACAACAUGCCAUGUUAGAACACUACGUAAAUUGUGGGGAUUCUUAUAUAUCUAGUUUGCAGUCACAAUAUGAGAACACUUCACUCCAGACUCCAUUUCCUGAUCAGUCAGUGUCCAGUUCCCAGCAAGAGGAGCUUGAGCAAAAGCUGGCAUCUACUGAGAAAGAGGUUUUACAGCUUAAUCAGUUUCUCAAACAAAGAAUAAGCCAAUUUAAUGAAGAAAAAAAGAAACUGGAGGAAAAGCUUAAAACCAGAGAUAGAUACAUCAGUAGCCUGAAAAAGAAAUGCCAGAGGGAAUCUGAACAAAACAAAGAAAAGCAGAGAAGAAUUGAGACCUUGGAAAAGUAUCUGGCUGAUCUUCCAACUCUGGAUGAUGUACAGAGUCAGAGUCUACAGCUGCAGGUUCUAGAAGAAAAAAACAAGAAUUUGCAAGAGACUUUGAUAGAUAUGGAAAAAAAGCUUGAAGAGAGGGAAAAACAGUGUCAAGAGAAAGAGGCACAGUUAAUAUGCCAGAAAAAGAAAGAAAAGGAGUUGGUAACUACUGUUCAGAGUUUGCAGCAAAAGGUAGAAAGAUGCCUUGAAGAUGGAAUUCGCCUUCCUAUGUUAGAUGCAAAACAGCUUCAGAAUGAAAAUGAUAACCUCAGAGAACAAAAUGAGAAUGCUAGUAAGAUAAUAGACAGCCAACAAGAUGAGAUUGACAGAAUGAUUUUAGAAAUUCAGUCUAUGCAAGUAAAACUUUCUGAAGAAAAACUGACCACUCAGAAGAUGAUGGAAGAGCUGGAAAAGAAAGAAAGAAACCUACAGAGAUUAACAAAAACAUUGCUUGAUAACCAAAGACAGACAGAAGACACAUGCUGUGUGUUGGAUCAGGGCCAGGAAGCAGACCAGCCCAGGCAGCAGACGGUUCUUCCCAAACGACCACUAUUUGAUCUGAGUGUGAUUGACCAGCUGUUCAAGGAAAUGUCCUAUUGUUUGUUUGACUUGAAGGCACUGUGCAGUAUUCUUAAUCAGCGUGCUCAGGGCAAGGAGCCUAAUCUUUCCUUAUUACUGGGAAUCAGAUCACUGAACUGUUCAGCUGAAGAGACUGAGAAUGACCACAGCCCAGAAACACUCACUAAAAAACUGUCAGACGUAUGCCAGUUACGGAGGGACAUUGAUGAAUUGAGGACUACAAUAUCAGACCGCUAUGCUCAGGACAUGGGAGACAACUGCAUUACUCAGUGACCACGUGGCGGUCCCGCAGCAAUACUGACCCAUUGAUAAAUGCUGCUGUGUUACAGUUCCUCAUAUUUCUUUUUAGGAGCCAUGUUGGUCUACGGCUACACCGCCCUAAACAUACCCGAUCUCGCCUGAUCUUGAAGGAGCCAUGUUGGAAAGUUGCAGGUGACAUAUGACCUGCACAUAGGAUCUUUUUUCUGUGGAUUCAUUUGUUGGGGGGGGAAGAGGGGAUGCAAGGGGUUCUCAAAGGGGCUUAUCUAAUCAGGACAAAAAAAUCAAAUUACCAUUUGAAAAUGUGAUGCAGUGUAUAAGAAAAAAAUUCUGUAUUCUCAAACUACUGAUUGUAGGACCAAGCUGUGAAGAGUGCCCAUAAAGGGGGUAGGUUUCUUUUUAUCCUGUUGUUUGUGUGUGUGCACGCAUGUGUGUGUGUUCACAAAACUAUAAGGAUUUCUAGGGUCAAAGCAAAGCUUCUGAGAAAGGCACGCACUGUUUAUUCUUGUAAUUUUUUUCUUUCAUGUAGAAGCUUGUGUCAUACUUCGGGGUUUUCAAAGGCUUGCUGAGCAAGAGCUCCAAGAGCAGGCGAGUGUUCUAGGAGCACAGGAGGCAGAACCGUUGUGUUUGAACGGCCCUGUGCUGAGAUGGUGAGGGGUGGGACGGGGCUGGUUUUGGUACUGUAGAUAGUCGGCUGUUUUUCCAGAGUGGUUGCGAUUGCCCUGGAGGUGUGCAAUUUUGAUGUGAUGAUUUUUGUCACUAGCCUAGUAAUUUAUAUAUCACAAGGCAACUGAACAUGAUUUGAACUAAUUUUAACAUGUCCCUUACUAUGUACAGUUUUUUACUUACAUAUAUGUAUUGUAAGCAAAGCCAUACAUAAUGAAUGCAAACCUUUUAAGUCCUUUCAUUAUUGUAAAAGAAAGAUUAACAAAGUGGCUCUGGAAUAAUAGCUUAUUUAUUCAAAUCUCAAAUGUUUACAUUUUAACAGUUUUGUAUCUGUUAUAAAGUUGAAACUACUUUAAGAAAAAGCCAGCCUAUCCUCUUUAUAUCUGAAUUAUCACUAGUGUAAAAUGAAAUUAAAUCAGGUGAUAUUUCAGUUCCUUUUAUAGGUAAAGUACAUUAAAAACGAGUUUCCAUAGAGUACAAACUUGGUCAGGUCACUAUGAAAUGGAAAUGAUACUAAGUAGACAUGCAAUCACUUAAACUUCCAAAUGAGAAUCUUCCUGUUUUAGGCAUCCUAAAAUAUAAUACUAAUGGGCAAGUAAUCACUGACUUAUUUGGGUCACUAGGUUCUUACUUAAAUAUCUGCUAGGUUUUUAGUGUAUGUUUGGGGAUUUUAUGGUUAUUAUUUUAAACAAACUUUUGGUCAUUUGUUUUAAUCUAAAACUUUUACAGCAUUUUGCUUAAUUCAUAUAUCUUGAGGUAAAAAAAUUUUUUAACUUAGUAGGAAAUUAACUACUGCUGAUGCAUUUCAUUUUCCAAAAUGUAUACACUCCAUUAAAAAAGGAAAUUAAGACAGAAUUGUUUAAGUAUAACCUUGAAUUACAAAACAUAAUCUCUUGGAGUCUGGAGUUUAUGAAAGGACAUAGAUAAAAAGUAGAUAGCCUUGGAGGGUAUUUUGGGGGGAAAUCAAACCAAUAGUAUUCUGAUUCAUCAGUAUUUAAUUUUGAUUUUCAUGUUUCAGAAAAUUCCCCCUCCAAGACAACCUCUUGUGUUAGUUUGAACUAGGAUGUUUUUGGAAGUUAUUACAGUGAUACAGGUCUGAGAUGAAAAGUAACUUAAUUUUAAAGUAAAUCUGUUUGAAAAUUUCCUUCGAGAUGAAAGCUUCUGAGUUACGCCUCUGUGACUGAAGCGCUUGUCUUCUAAGGAGGCAUCUCAAGCAGGUACCACCUUUACCGGUAGUCUUCCGGGCUUUGAGUUGAUCUUAUUUAUUUAGCCUCGGUCACAUUAGAGCAGAGAUACAGUAACGGAGGUCUCAGUAAAAGACCCAGGUUACCCGUGCUCAUCACAGACACAAUGGUGGUCUCUUCAUUUGCUGUCAGAAAAAAAGGAUGACUUUAGUUAAUUGUUAGUAAAUCUUCAGUGGUCUCUCACAUUAAAGGCUUAAGUGUAUUGGCUAGAUAAUUUCAUGCCUGAAAUUUUCUUUUAAGAAGUGUGGCCCCAUUUUAUAUCUGAAAUAGGGUUCAAUAUUUAAUGUUAACCACAUUAUACUUUAGUGAAGUUCAUUUUGGUUAUGACAGUUGAUUAAGUUGAAUUAGAUUUCUUUUAGUAGUUUGUUAGAGACAAUCUCAAGGGCUGGGAAAUGUUGCUAAAAGGGAUAUUUAUACAUUUCUGACUUAUUAAUGAGCUUAUAAAUUAAUGUUGUUAUAGCUCAAGAUUUAUUAAUAGGAAUCUCUUAGAGGGUAUUUUUAAAGGAACUACUUUAUUGGCAAAACAUUUUUUCACCCUCAAUAAUAGUUCACUGAAUAGCAGCUGAGAAGUUGGGCUGUGUUUUUACAUAGCAUAGUUCAGCUCAGCCAUACCUGUAGUUUGGAUUAUUGGUAUCCUCUUACAUAGAGUUCUCUCAUUGUAGAUAUGUAAUUACAGUAAUAGGCAAUUCUCAUAACCAUGCUCAUGUAGACCGUAUCAUUUGAAACUGCCAGUAGCUAUAGCUCUCAGAGCCAAAGUUAAUUCAUUUCAUUUUCACUUUUAACAGUUUUCAGUGUUCACAAAAGAAGAAAAACUAUUUCCUAUUUUAUAUAUAGAGUAUAGUUUCCAACUUCACCCCAAAAUGCCAUGGUGGUGUAUUGCUGUAUGGUAAUAUUAUACAUUUAAUAUUUAAUCAUGAAGGGGGAAAGAUUUUGAAUUUUUUCUUAUUUAAAAGAAGUGUUGAGUAUAUUAAGAAUGUAGUUUCAAAUCAAUAAGUCAUUAACAACACUCUUGCAGCCACAUACAGAGAGAACCUUUCGUGCCUUUUUGCCUGCAGUAAGCAUUCAUUUCUAUUUUACAUGAGCUGCAAGAACGUUGGUGAUGAUUGCACCUUGCUCUUCUGUAAGUAGACCCAUUAAAGACUUUUUUAAAGCAAGGAGCAGUUUUUCAUUACUAGGUAGAUAACUUAGUAAACAUGAGAGGAGGUGUCACAUACAUGUCUUUGGAACCCAGCCUUUUCCCCAUAUGAUGAGCAGGAAACUCCUUGGGAAUGUCGUGUGUGUGUGUGUGUGUGUGUACAUAUAUGUGUAAAUAGUUAUUUAAAUAUGUAAACAUAAAAUUGAGCAUCACAUUGGUGUGAUGGCACGAGUGGUAAGGUGCUAGGUGGUCACAUGAAAAGCACAGCACAGUGUGUAAUCAGUCACUAUGGCUGGUGGUUUUUGUAAACUAGGUUCAGUUUUUGAACCACCCAGAAUACCUCGUGUAAAUACAGUGGUCAUGACUUAAUUGAAAUACAGUCAUUGUAAAAAGAAUGUGAAGCCACUGGUUGGCUUAUGCCUUCUGAUCUUUCAUUCUUGCCUCUUUUUUUGUAAAGAGGUUGUUUUUUGUUUUGUUUUUGUUUUUUUAAUAGGGUUUACAGCUAGAAUUUUGAAUGCCAAAGUUCUAUUUAUUAAAUUUUUAAAAAAGUUUUCAAUGUUAAUGGCUAAGUAUUUUUCCACUGGAUUAUUGUUUGUUGAUGUUGGAAUUUGUAUUUACAGAGAAAUAAAUUUUUUAUAAAAAGC